AUGGCCAAGGAUGGGGGGCCCCCGCCCCGCCCCGGGGAAGAGCGCCAGGAGGCGCGGGGGGCCCCGGGGGGCCCCUACCCAGACAUGGAGGACGAGGUCUUUGCCGGCCCGGAGGGGGCAGGCCCCGCCCCCCCGGGCCCCCCGGCCCCCUUCCGCCACUGCAGCGUGGACGAGCUCUACCUGCUGCUGGAGAAGCUGGGCAGCGGGCACUUCGGGGUGGUGAAGCGGUGCCAGGAGCGGCGCACGGGCGCCUUCUUCGCCGCCAAGUGCGUCAAGGUGCGGCGGCGCAAGGACAGCCGGCUGGGCGCCGACCGCGAGCAGGUGGAGCGCGAGGUGGCCAUCCUGCAGCAGCUGGUGCACCCCUCCAUCAUGCGCCUCCACCACACCUUCGCCGGCAGCACCGAGAUGGUGCUCAUCCUGGAGCUCAUCCACGGUGGGGAACUGUUUGACUUCAUCGCGGAGAAGGAAGUGCUGACGGAGGAGGAGGCCAUCGAGUUCCUCCAGCAGAUCCUCAAGGGCGUGGCCUACAUGCAUUCCUGCCACAUCGCCCACUUUGACCUGAAGCCAGAAAACAUCAUGCUGUUUCAGAAAGACGUCCCCAACCCCAGGAUCAAGAUAAUUGACUUUGGCUUGGCCCAGAAGCUGGAGGAAGGGGCUGCCUUCAAAAGCCUGUGUGGGACUCCGCAGUACAUCGCUCCUGAAGUGAUCAACUAUGAGGCUUUGAGCUGUGCCACGGACAUGUGGAGCAUUGGAGUGAUUACCUACAUCUUCUGCACUGUUUUAAAGCAGAGAAAGCUUAGGGCCGAGAACCUCCUUGGGUCUGCCCUGGACAGCUCUGACCCCGUCCCGCCCACGAGUCCCUUCUCUCCCCACAGACUGAGCGGCAUGUCUCCGUUCCAGGGGGAGACGGACUCUGAGACUCUCUCCAACGUCGUCUCGGGCACCUACGAGUUUGAGGACAAGUAUUUUAGCCAAACCUCGGAGCUGGCGAAGGACUUCAUCCGGCAGCUGCUGGUGAAGGAGCCCGGGAGUCGAAUGACAGCGGCCGAAUGCCUCAUCCACCCGUGGAUCAAGCCCCUCAACCGGAAGCAGGCGGUCAACCGGAGCCGCUCCUCUAUUAACAUGAAGAACUUCCGCCGGUUCAACGCUCGGAGGAAGUGGAAGCUCUCCUUCAAUAUGGUGUCAGCGUGCAACCGUCUGUGCCGCAUGCAGCUCUUGUGCCGUCAGAAGAAGGAGGACGAGAGCCUGCGCGACUGCGAGAGUGACCAAGAAGAUGACGCCCGCAGUCCUGCAGCUUUGCUGCGCAGGCAAAGAAGCAGCUGCUCGUGA